CACCUGUUGCACCCCAGAAACAGCGUUUUCUCAAGAUAAACACUACGUCAGUGACAUUGGAUCUUCUUGCUUGGUACGGCGAGGGCUGCGCUGUUCUUUCCAUUGACAUUCAGUACAAGGCACAACACGAAAAAGCCUGGCGCGAGUACACGGGUGACGUGAGUCCAGACCUAAAGAGAGUGACCAUCCACGGAUUGCUUCCGGGUUCUUCUUACCAGCUGCUGACCACGGCGGGCAGUCCUGCAGGGUCAACUGAAGCAGAAUAUUCUUUUUAUACUCCAGCCAAAGUUGUCGACAAUCACAUGAAAACCUUUGUGGUCGAUGAGGACAGAGUCUCCUUCUCCGUGGAGCUAGAAAUACUUCUCCCAGUUGUUCUUUCUGCUGUUGUAGUCCUAGCCGUCCUCGUUCUUGUGUGUCUGAUCAUGCGCAAGAGACAAUCUUCAGAAAGUUCAUACGGUGGAAGCUCCACUAAUGGAUCCAGAAAAUUUUCGCAACAGCCACAACAGGAAACAGUUCAGUUAUCUGAUCUAGAGAAACUCUCUACAAAACGUCAGAGUGAGGGAAUGGAGGCAGCAUACUACCCGUGCCCUUACGCAAUGACCCGUCUCUCGGGCGAGGAAGACCCAGAAUCU